UAAUACUUUUAUUAUUAUCACUAUUUUUUGUCAAAACAUUACAUCACAUAUUAAAAUAUACUACAUUUUGUGAAAUUGUUUUAAAAGUACACUGUACACUGUGAAUAUAAUAUUUAUUUAGUAUUUGGACUAAAUAUCACGAUACGUUAUAGUUUUAAAAUAUUAUUCUUAUACUUCUGAUCAUGCGCAAGUAUAAUAAAGAAAGACAAUUAAUCAGAAAAAGAUAGAAAUAGAAUAAAAAUAUAGAAAUCAACGCCAUCUUUAGAGUGCCGCAAAUGAAACUAACAUAGACAAGGAGAAAAAAUAAUAAAAGAAGGACAGAUAUAAAAUAAGAAUUGACAUUUAACGCCAUCUUAAGAAUUUCAAAGAUAUUUCUUUUAAACAACCUUUGUAAAGAACUUAAGAGAUGGCGAUAGUUUUUAAUUCUUAUCCUACUUUAUCCUACUUUUAAAAAGAUACCAUAAAUACACACAAGAUGAUGUUGAUAGUUAAUUCCUAUUCUAUCUCUAUCUCUAUUCUCUGGCAAUUUGCUCUUUCUAUUUUAUUCGCGGCAUUCUAAAGAUGGCACAAAUUUAACUUUUUUCCUUUUUAAUUACAUAAAUUUUUUAACUUUAUCCCUUCCCAUAUCCAUAUUUGUUUGAAAAUUUGAAGCUUUACUUUCUAUUCUCUAUACUCUCUAUUAUACUUUUUCCAUCUUUUUUAAAAAAUAUCUUUAAUUCUUAAAAGAUGGCAUUAAUGAUUAAUUCUUACUUUAUUUCUAUCUUUUUCCCAUUAUUUUUUUUCUUCAUUUAUAUAGUUUCAUUUACGGCACUCAAUAGCACUGAAUUUCCAAUUUUUAUAUUAUCUCUGUCUUUAUUUUUUCUCAUUAUUUUCUUUUUUUAUCUAUAUUUAUUCCAUAAAAUUCAUGAAAAAAAAUUCAUUCAAGAGAAAAAUUUUUGAUUAACUUUAUUGUCUUCGUUGUUUAAAUUAUUAAUUAUAAAUCUUAAUAAUAAAAAUUUACUUGAUCCUAUUUUUAUCUAUGUAUUAUAUACAAAAUAUAUUGUAUUAUUGAUCUAUCUUAAAUAUAUUCUGAUUUUUGACUUUGAUAUUCUAUAUAAUUAGUAUUUUAGAAUAUAAGACACAAAAUUUCAUAAGAUAUGUAAGUCUAUUCUGUAUUUUGUUUGUGGUCUUCGGUUUCGAUCCUUUUGUAAGACGGUACGUUCAAUAUAUAUGCAGCAUUUCAGUGUACUGAGCUAUUCUGUGUUUCUGAUCAUUCUAUGGUACUAGUCAAUGAUUGGUUUAUUUGAAAUGCCUCAACCAAUCAAUUUUCGUAACACUAUCAAAACCGUACGAAAGGCUUUAUCUAUGAUAGUAGUAUAAAGUAUGGUCUCAUGCGAUACAUACCGAAAUCCCCGCACCUGUUUCAGUAGAGUCGAAGUAAAAAGAGAUAAACAAUAUAUUUCCCGAGGCUAGGGUUCUUGCAAACAAUGCACUUGCCCAAACUGGUGAAUCAUCUUUAGAACUGCAGCAUCAACGAGAAAUUUCUUAUCAGACUGUAUAUCGUGAUAGAAGCCUACGAAUAAAGGCACAGUGCGCUAUGCCAACCUGAGAUUUUUCUCAUAGAGGAUUUAAUUUGCAAUCGUAUUGAGAGAAUAAUUGUUAUUCGUUCGAGAAUUAUCGUGCAUUCGAACGUACUCUAAAUAUCAUCACGUCAACGUACUUGAGUGUUAAUUCUAAUUUUUACUAAAGAAUUACAUAAUAUAUGUGCAUGAGUCACAGGGUGAAUAGGGGGGACGUGCAAACGUCAAAAUCGUGCUGCAGCGAUUUUCUUGCAGUUUAGGUACGGUAAACAAAUACUGAUACGAUUGAUUGAUUGUUUGAUCUAAAUUAGAUCAUACAACAUAUAAUAUUGAAUUGGUAAUCAUUACUUGACAUGUAUAUUAUCGUUAACUGCUAUACUGUUCGAUGUCGAUCGUAUGAUGUGCUGCCAUUAGAAAUUUUGCAGCGAGUACAUUCUCAUAUUAAAGUUCGUAAGAAGUAUUAAAUAUAUCAUGGAAUGAAGUAAAGAUAUUACUGCUGGUUAUCGCGCAACAUAAUCGAUUUUGUAAAAACAAUUACUCUUGAUGCUUGAAUCUGGGCAAGAACCUAUAAUAAGGUUGCAAUGAACAAGAAGCAUUAUGCAACUUUCCAGUGAGCAGGAAGAAUACUACUAAGAAAUGGCAAUAUCCAAAUUGAAAAUACUAAAGUGUAGGUGCAUGAUUUUAUAGCUGUGGAAACUAUCAUCGUCUUAUUUAUAACUUACAACCAGUUUGCCAGAGGCACCUAUGUGUGAAAAAACUGAAGUCAGUGAUGCAGAUUCCCUGCCUCCUUGGGCCAAAAUUACCCUUACAUCUGCCGAGGCAGAAAUUGAAAAGCUGAUAGCUCGAAAUGAGUUGAAAGAUGCAGAAGUCACAUAUUUUUGUCAAGUUGAGCCCAUUUUGCAAGAUGGACCACAAUGUGGUUUAGUUGCACUUGCUAUGGCAUCACAAGAAUAUACAAAGCCAGUUUCAGUGAGUCAACUUUUAGCUGAAGCUCGUGUAAGAGGUUUCACUCAACAUGGAGAAGUAUACAGUGUUGAUUUCAUGGGUACACUGGCAGCUGAAUAUUUACCUGAUCAUAGACCAGAUAUUUUAGUAGAUUUACAGCAAUGCCCAGAUACAUUGACACAUGCUUUAGCUCAUGGUGCAAUGGUAUUAAUUCCAUAUGAUUCUGAUUUCAAUCAUGCUCCAUGUUUAAAAAGAGGUCAUAAAGCUCAUUGGGCACUACUUGUGGGUCUAAUUUCAUCAAGACAAGGAUAUCAUGUCUUAGCACGUCACGGAAAAUCACGUCAUUUAGCUUGUUGGCCCUUGCGUGAUUUAAUCGAAAGCAAUGGUAAUUUAGAAGAGGAAGGAACAGCUAGACAUGCUGGAGGAUAUGUAAUACCAAAAGGAGGAGUCGGAGGUCAGAGAGGUUUACGCGGUAGGGCACUGGCGUUGCAUCCAUACAUAUAAGAUCAUGUACAAGAAUUGUAGGUAAUUAAUAUCACAGCGAAAGACAGAAAUUAUUAUUAUAAUAUUACCGUAUCCACGUUACAGUAUAUGGUAAAUAUUCAAAAGCAUAACGUUUGCACAGCUGCUAUGAAAUUUAAUUAUUUGUAAAAUCGUGAUGCUUUUAAGUAACAUAUGUUUCAACUUGCGAUGCAUUUUCGGUCAACAUUCGAUGAGGAAUAAUAAAAUCCUCAAAUUCGGCAUUAGGUGUAAAAUGGGCGAUAUAUCAUUCGUUGACACAGUGUAAAUAAUGAUUUAUUAUGUAUGUUUGAUUUAUAUGCACUUGAAUGGUAUGAAAGGUUUUUCUUUCGUUAUUUUGACGUAUCGAGCUUUUCCUGUGGUACUAUAUGUGCUGAGCGUAAAUUGAGAAAAAAAACGAGCAUGUACACGUGCAUGAAAGAAACAAACGUGAAAAAGAAAAGUCGAUAAAGAAUAUUUGCAUAAAAUAAAUAUCUACGUGUAUUAGCUAGGAUUUAUCGUAAUACUAGCCGAAACAAAAAGAUCUAAGUAUAUUUAUUUAGCGAAAAAAUAGAUUUUCAAUUAAUAAUUAUGGAUCUUUGUUUUAUGUUAACAUUGUGAAUAAAGACUAAAUCUGUAGCAAGAUUCUCGCAAUUGCAUUUGAGGCAAUACAACUUAAUAAUCGUGUAUUAUAUUAAAUUGUUGGGCGCAUUGCUUUUAAGAUGCGGAGUAAAUUAUUAUAUUAAAUAUAGAUAAUAUAAUAAUUUAAAUAUAAUAGAGAAAAUGACAAGUUUCGCAUGUUUCGAAAAAACUAAGAAAUUUUUUAUUAUUUAAUAUAAAAAAAGCAAUUUACUUUGAAAUUUAUUACAUAUCAUUUUUAUAUUUAUACGAAACAGUUUUUCAAGUUUUAUUCAUAAGUACUGAUUUACAAUUUAUAAAUUGCCUAAUAGCGAUAAUUAAUUAUAUAUAUAUAUAUAAAUUACCACAGAUAUUCAUUAUCUUUGAAAUUAUAUAUUAAAAUUCAAAUUAAAAUUGUAUCGCUUUUGUGAUACAUUAAAUUUUAAAGUUAAAUUUGGCAGCUAUACUAUUUUUUUAUCAAUUAUAUACAUAUAUAUGCAAAUUUACUCUUAAAAUUAACAUUUUAUAUUAAUUUUAUAUAUAUAUAUAUAUUAUUCAGUUAUUCCAGAAGUCUUGGAAGCAACGCGCUUUAAAGGAAUGAUUCUUACUAUGUAGAAUUCUACAAUAUGUUUGUUUUACUAUGUAUUUAUCGGUAUGUAAAGUACGAAUGUAAUCUUUAUUAAUAUCGAUACGUAACGAUCUAAAAAAAACUAUGAAAACCUGGAGAUACCUUAUAACUGACUGAUUCUCUUCAGUUGUGUGGUAUCUUAAGUGUUUUUUAUCAAAUUCGUCGGAUAAAAAAAGCGUAAAACAAGUUUGAAAGAGAUAUAUUAUUUGUAGACUUCCUUGAGUGGUUUCGAAUCGAAUACAAACAACAAAAAGCAAAAAAGGUUUAAAAUGAAAUGAAAAUAAUAAAAUAACUGUACCCAAGUGCCGCAAAAUAAUGAGGUUCAUUCAUUAAACAUGAGAAUAAUUGUAUACCGUGCCUAUUCUCACAUCAUGAUGCUUCUUCGAUUUGUUAACCGGUCGCAAUCAAAAAUACUCUUGUAAAGAAACGAAUGCUAUUUAUUGGUGCACGCAUGUAAGUGAUUCUUUUCGUUUCCGUAAUGUUUCUAACGAUAAUCAAAAAGAAAAAAAAAAAUACGUAUUUUUCUUGCUCUAACUUUAUGAAGUCGUACGAAUCUCAUAAUAGAAAAUAGGAGAAGUUUCAAGCGUAUAAAAAUAUAAAUACGUCUUCCGUUACUUACCACGAUACAGUGUUUUCAUAGAAUCGGAGGAAAAUCAAGUUGAACUUUUAUUUUAAAGCAUUUAACAAAACUUAUUAUUAUAUUUGUAUACUUCUAAUCAAUAGAAAAAUUAAUUUUGAUUAAUGAAAGCUUUUUAGUUUUUUCGGAAAUUUUUUAGUUGUACCGAUAUGUAUUAUCAUCGAUAUAUUGAAUCAUUUCGAUGUAUCAAAUUUAUGUGAUUUGACAACUGCAAAAAAUCAACGCAACAGAGCCAAGAGAAAAGAGCGGUACGUGUAUCGUGUUACGUUAUAAGAGAUUAAUAAUUGUGAUCAUUGUUAACACACUUGUUUCUUUUUUCUGUAACUCGCGUAUUUUACUUGAUUUGUUGUCGGUAUUUAGCUUUAAACGUGAUACAAAUAUAAAGAGAUGUUAUCAUUUAAAGGCAUGUUUUCAUUAAGAUUAUAAUUUCUAUAUUCCGUAUAUUAUAUGCUAUACUUUCUUUCUCUAUCUCUCUAUCUCUUUCUUCCGAUGCGAUUCUUAAAAAAUGAUAUCGAAAUGUUGACUGUAUCGGGUAUGGUUGGUGCUAAGAAUUUUCUGAAUUAGCGAAAGAAAUGUGUGCCAAUCUAUAUCUUUCAAUCACGAAAUUCUACGCGAUGAAAGUUGUUUCACUUCUUCCCUGUUACGAAUUUAAAAAUUCUUAGUGAUAUUUGAAAAGAAAAAAAAAAAAAUGAAGAAUAAUAUAGGAAAAAGAAUAAUAUAGGAAGAAGAUAUUAAAUUCUUCGGAUGGUACAGGUGCACUGGGAUUUGUAAUAGAAUAUCGAAAACUGCGUUACAUUUAUAUUUCAAGCUUACAAACAUCAACAACAUAGUUUUUUCCACUUUUAUCUUUUAAAAUUGUAACUUCUCCUUAUUGUUGCUUUCGUUUUUCUAAGCAUACAGAAUUAUUACCACAAGUCUUCACUAUUUUCUAAUUAUAUCCACUUGUGUCCUGAGAUGCGACUGCGAAUUAUCAACGCCUUUCUUGUUUCUCGUCUUCUGUAAAUAUAAAGGGAUCUUUAAACGAUUCACUCGCACGACGAGAAUUUAUCAGUUUCAUCGCUGGAACAACGAUCUUUAUACACGCUUCCUUUUUAUAUUUUCACUUUGAUCAUGAAAAAUCAUAUAAAUCAUAUAAAAAUCAUAUAAAUAUAUUCACGCGGAUGCCACUAGAUAAAUAAUUAUAUAUAUAUAUAUAUUUCUCUAUAAAACGAAGCUAUACAAACUAUUUUGCCGUUUUAUAUUGUAUUCUGCAUAGAUAUAUAUACAUAUACAUACAAUCAUGUAUAUAUGUAUAUGUAUAAAAAGAAAAGAAUAUUCUGUACAACGAUACACAGCGAUUCACAGUAUAAAACGACUACGUGUUACGCCCAGGACACAAGCCGUCUCUAAUUAUUCUAUAGAUUAAUAACAAUGAUAUCCUGUAUCCGAACAUUACGUUUAUAAUAAUAUGUAUCACAUAUAGGUAUUUCAUGUUCAUUAUAUCAACAAUAGGGGAGUUGAAUUAAAAAAAAGGCUACCGUUCA